AGAGCAAAAGUGGGCAGAGCCGCUGAAGGAUAUCAGCUCAGGCAGAGGCAGAGAGGAGGACACACGCAGCAGAGGAGCAAGGCGUCGACGACGGAGUGGAGGAAGGGCUCAGCGAUGCGGUUCAAAGACCCACCAAAACGGCGAAAAUCGCGCAAAAAUGCGGCACUGACCGAGGCAGAUGACGGGGGAUAGACACGGCCCGGGAAAUUGGGAUUCGGUAUGAUGUUUCCCAAAUGACGUCAAAGAAGAGCGGAGAUUGCUUUGCCUUAUCUAAAUGGGUUGACAUUUAGCCAACGUGAAUUGAAGAAUUUGAGUGAUCCGUGCUGCAAGUGGACACUUGGAGACAGAAGACACUGUGGAGAAGAUUUCAGUUUGUGAAGAAAAAGAAGACAGCUCUACCCCAUUCAACUGGAUAUUGCUGAAGUGGAGACUACGUUGUUUAACGUGAAGAUGGCAAGUUAUUUGGCGGUUAGCCAAAUUUUGACAAGAUGAAAACUUUUUCUGACUGGACUUUGACAUUUGGAUUUUUAUUAUUUUUUUUUUUUUUACCUACAACAUGGACUCUGGAACACCUUUGCUGGCUAUGUAGUGGACUCGUUGAAAAGUUAACAUUUGAUUUUGGAAAGUCAGCCUUUUGUACAUUUGAUAUUCAAAUGUUGUUUUAAAUAAAGUAUGUGACCUCGUAUAUUUUUUCCUGGCUUUGUUUCAUUAGCAGAGAAAUAUCAAGGGCACAUUUGCCGAAAAAAUUUGACAACGUUGAAGUACCUAAAGUCGGAAGUUCUUUUUUGUAUUUGUUAAUACAUACAAAAUAUCACAUUACUUUUCAUUGGCUUUGUGUCAAUAAUUAUCAAGGUAUGGCCAUAGAAAUUGAGCUUCAGACUCGUGUUGGAAUUUAUCAAGUUGAUUUAUAAGAUAAAAGAGAAAGGAGUGAUUAAAAUUCCCCUUUUUCCAUUUAAUUAGCCCCACUGAUGAAGCUUAACUAACCCUAAAACACCUGAAAAUACACUUCACUUGAAAGCUUUCUGGUCAGAGCCCAAAUGGUUUCCAAAGGCUCUCUAAAAUGGCUACUGGUCGUCCUUCUUCCUGUCUGCGCAGGAAGUGAUGUAAUUGGUGCAAAAUAUAUACUUUUACAGCCUCUCAGUAUUCUUACCUUUUAUCAAAGGGCAAGAAAGGUUUCACUUUGAGGCUUGUGUCCUGGGGCAGAAAAUGUAUGUAAGUUCAUAUGAACGAAUUUUAAAAACAUAAUAAAAGGGGAGGGACUUAAACAUCACCUGAGUGUGGGGUAAAUGGAAAUAACGUCAAUCAAAGGCAAAGCUUUCAGAGCAGGGAAGGAGCUCUAGAUGGCGGCUGAGCCUUGGGAAGGGUGCCAUGGGCUUUCGUUAGACCGUUUCUUUUGCCUGUUUUUCGACCGAGACUGCUCGAUUUUUGAUGAAAUUUUGAGGGCUACCAUCGUGCGCUCGUGUUUUUAACGAAAAUCUACGCGAUUUGUUCCGUUUUAGUGCUGUUUUUUCGAGCCGUAGGAGCCGUCUGCUCCGGCGAAGCGCUCGUCGUUGUUUUCCAUACUGGUCUCUGGCAGCCAUGGCGCGCCUCCAUUUUUAGUGUGCUGCUGCCUCUCCUCUGUCGCUCUCUCCGUAGAUGAAGAAUGCAAGGGGCCUACGAGCUUUAUAGAAACAAGGCUGUUUUUGUAAUUUAUUAAGUAAUUAUCUUUACAUCUUUAUUUUUAUUCGCGUCGGAGGCAUAUUUAAAGUGUUAUAGGGCGAACGAGAUUCUAAUAGUUCAUUUAUGGACUAGCACCUUUCUCCACGUUGAAUUGACAUGUUUACACUGUGUCAAGCUUAAUUUACUGUUUUUCUUCAUGUUUAAAUAUUAUUUUUCUACUGCUUCGUCUGAUGACGCAGUUAGAAUUAACGGCAUGCGGCUCGAUCUGUGAACUAUAUUGAAAGACAUUCAAAGGCAUUUAACUUAUUGUGAGAGCACCUGUCGUUUUUGUGAGGUCUAUUUGACCCAGCGAUGUAAAUAAUGGUCCUUAAUUUCUUCGAUUUGUUGCUUUUUUCCCUGCUCGUGUCGCACCGCCGAGGCUUUAGCUGCCACCUGAGCAAAAGCAAUCUUGUGGGACUUGUAUGAUAGUUCAUGCUUCCUCUUAACUUUUUGGCAGUAAAUACCAGGACAAAAGCAACAUCCAUUCAGAUUUUCAGGAUACAACAAUGAUGAAGAGUAAAAGUAAAAAACAAGAGGAUGAAGGAUCGACUCAAAGCAAUGCAUCAAGCAUUUCGGCUUCAGAGGAAUCCAACCGCUCUGCGUCGGAGUCGGGAAGUCAGUCAGAGAGCGAACAUGGCAGUGAAAGGAGGAGAUCGCACAACUCCGAGUCAAACAGCUCCUCAGAGUCAGAGAGUCACUCAGAAUCAGAGAGCGAAUCUGCAGAGUCCAAGUCACAGCAAACCGCAGCAGAGGUCAAAGACAAGCCAGUUAGAAAGAAGGAGCGCCUGGCUGAUGUGAAGAAGAUGUGGGAAGAACAUCCAGAUGUGUACGGUGUCCGGCGGUCCAAUCGGAGCAGGCAGGAGCCAGCUCGAUUAAACAUUGGAGCUGGGGGCAGCAGUGAGUCUGAGAGCGAAAGCCCCAAAAGGAAAACCUCCCGGGCUAAGAAAAAGGAAAAUAUCUGGAAAGAUGAUGACUCAAAUGAUGAAGAGGAGGAGGAGGAGGAGGCUUCCGACAGUACAGACAGUGAGCAGGAAGAGAAAAAAGUUAGAUCCAGACGACUUCCUGCUAGAAGGCCUCAGGGCAAAUCGUCAACAGCCAAAAAGCAGCUCUCUCAGAAGACGAGGAAGUCCCGGAAACAGGAGUCGUCGGCAGAAGAGGACGACGAUGAUGACGACGACGACGAUGAGGAUGAGGAAGACACUCCAAAGAGGCAGACGCGACGAAGGGGUGCCACAAAAGUCAAAAGUUAUAAAGAGGACCAACAUGACUUUGAAACGGACUCUGAUGACCUGAUCGAAAUGACAGGUGACGCGUGUGAGGAGCAGCAGGACGACGACAGCGAAACCAUCGAGAAAGUUAUGGACGCCAGGACUGGCAAAAAAGGAGCCACUGGGGCUUGCACUACUGUGUAUGCCGUAGAGGAAAAUGGGGACCCGUGCGAAGGCUUUGACCCCGAGAAGGAUGAAGGGGAGACUCAUUACCUGAUUAAGUGGAAGGGCUGGUCCUACAUCCACAACACGUGGGAGAGCAUGGACUCUCUGACACAGCAGAAAGUCAAGGGGAUGAAGAAACUGGAGAACUUUAAGAAGAAAAAUGAUGAACUGAACUCAUGGUUGAGGAAGGCGUCCCCUGAGGACAUUGAAUUUCAUAACUGCCAACAAGAGCUCACCUCUGACUUGAACAAGCAGUUUCAGUUUGUGGAGCGUAUCAUCGCAACAAAAACAGGAAAAACACCAGGAUCCUCUGACUUCCCCUCUCAUAGUCAUAAGACUCCGUCCUCCAAUGAACCAGAGUUCCUGUGCAAGUGGAUGGGUCUGCCCUAUUCUGAGUGCAGCUGGGAAGAUGGAGCUUUGGUUAGAAAGAAGUUUCAGCACUGCAUAGACAGCUUCAUGAACCGAAACUCCAGCAAAACAGUUCCCUCUAAAGACUGCAAGGUAUUAAAGCAAAGACCAAGAUUUGUUGCUCUGAAGAAGCAGCCGUCAUAUAUUGGGGACUCCAACCUUGAACUGAGAGAUUAUCAGCUGGAUGGGUUAAACUGGCUCGCUCACUCCUGGUGCAGGUGCAAUAGCGUUAUCCUCGCUGAUGAGAUGGGGCUGGGAAAAACCAUCCAGACAAUCUCCUUCCUGUCUUACCUGUUUCACCAGCAUCAGCUCUACGGGCCCUUUUUACUGGUGGUGCCUCUCUCCACGCUCACUUCCUGGCAGCGGGAGUUCGACACCUGGGCCCCUGACAUGAAUGUGGUGGUCUACCUUGGCGACGUCAUGAGCAGGAAAAUAAUCCGUGAUUAUGAGUGGGUGAACCAUCAAACCAAAAGAAUCCGUUUCAAUGCACUAUUAACCACUUAUGAGAUUCUACUUAAAGACAAGGGGGUGCUCGGAAACAUCAACUGGGCGUUCCUGGGCGUUGAUGAAGCUCACAGGCUGAAGAAUGAUGACUCCCUGCUCUACAAAACAUUAAUGGAGUUCAGGUCUAAUCACAGGCUCCUCAUUACCGGCACGCCGCUACAGAACUCGCUCAAAGAGCUCUGGUCACUCUUACACUUCCUCAUGCCUGACAAGUUUGACUCCUGGGAGGAUUUUGAGGAUGAGCAUGGGAAGGGAAGGGAAAACGGCUAUCAGAGUCUUCACAAAGUCCUUGAGCCUUUCCUGCUCCGGCGUGUCAAAAAAGAUGUGGAAAAAUCUCUCCCAGCCAAGGUGGAGCAAAUCCUCCGUGUAGAAAUGUCCGCACAGCAGAAACAAUUUUACAAGUGGAUUUUAACAAGGAAUUACAAAGCUCUUGCCAAAGGCACCAGAGGCAGCUCCAGCGGCUUCCUGAACAUCGUAAUGGAGCUUAAAAAGUGCUGCAACCAUAGUUUCCUCAUUAAACAGCCCGAGGAUGGAGACGCUGAAACGCAACAGGAACACCUGCAGGCUCUGGUGAGGGGCAGUGGGAAGCUGGUACUGUUGGACAAGCUGCUGACCAGGCUCAGAGAAAGAGGCAACAGGGUCCUAAUCUUCUCCCAGAUGGUCAGGAUGUUGGACAUUCUGGCUGAAUACCUGUCUAAGAAACGAUAUCCGUUUCAGCGGCUGGACGGCUCCAUAAAGGGAGAAAUCCGAAAGCAAGCACUUGACCACUUUAACGCAGAAGGCUCAGAGGACUUCUGCUUCCUUUUAUCCACCAGAGCUGGAGGUUUAGGUAUUAACUUGGCCUCGGCAGACACCGUCGUCAUCUUUGACUCUGACUGGAACCCUCAGAACGACCUGCAGGCGCAGGCGAGGGCUCACAGGAUUGGUCAAAAGAAACAGGUGAAUAUAUACAGACUUGUCACGAAGGGAACAGUGGAGGAGGACAUCAUCGAGAGGGCGAAGAAGAAGAUGGUUUUGGACCAUCUUGUCAUUCAGAGAAUGGACACGACUGGUCGAACUGUUCUGGACAGCAACUCAGGAAACACAAAUUCAAACCCAUUCAAUAAAGAAGAACUGACCGCUAUUCUCAAGUUUGGUGCAGAAGAUCUUUUCAAAGAGGCUGAAGGCGAGGAGUCUGAACCACAGGAAAUGGACAUUGAUGAGAUUUUGAGGUUGGCCGAAACCAGAGAAAGUGAUCAAGGCUCAAGUGCUACAGAUGAACUUCUGUCGCAGUUUAAGGUGGCCAAUUUCUCCAGUAUGGAAGAGAGCACUCCAGAGUUCGAGGAGAAGCCCAUUCCAGAAUGGGAUGACAUAAUUCCCGAGGAGCAACGUCGCAAAAUUGAAGAGGAGGAGAAGCAGCGGGAGAUGGAGGACAUCUUCAUGCUGCCUCGAAGCAGAAGCUCUAAUAAGCGGGCUCAGGCCAAUGACAGUGACAGUGAUGUGGGCUCCAAACUGAAGCACCGUUCAUCAGGCUCUGAAAGUGAGACCGAUGACAGCGAUGAUGACAAGAAGCCAAAGAAGCGAGGAAGGCCGAGAGCUCGCAAAAACAACGUGGAGGGUUUCACUGAUGCGGAGAUUCGCAGGUUCAUCAAGGCAUACAAGAAGUUUGGAUGUCCACUUGAAAGGUUGGAAGCCAUUGCCCGAGACUCUGAACUGGUGGACAAAUCCAUCGCAGACCUGAAGAGGCUCGGUGAACUGAUUCAUUCUAGCUGCGUGACUGCAGUGCAGGAGCACGAGGAGCACCUUAAAGAGAACCCAGUCGAAGCUAAAGGUCCUGGGAAGCGACGAGGAAUUAAUAUCAAGAUCUCAGGAGUGCAAGUCAAUGCAAAGUCCAUCAUCCAGCACGAGGAAGAGUUCGAGCCGCUGCACAAAGUUGUGCCCUCCAACCCGGCUGAGAGAAAUAAGUUUAAGCUGACGUGCAGGGUGAAAGUGGCUCACUUUGAUGUAGACUGGGAUCUGCAGGAUGACAUUCAGCUCUUGCUCGGCAUCUAUGAGCACGGCUUUGGCAACUGGGAUCUGAUCAAGACUGAUUCUGACCUUAAACUCGCCGAUAAGAUUCUUCCAGAUGAUCCAAGCAAGAAGCCUCAGGCCAAGCAGCUGCAGGCGAGGGCAGAGUAUCUUCUCAAGCUGCUUAAAAAGGAACAAGACAGCACAGAUCAGGCUAAAACCGGGGAGGAGGUCAAAGUGAAGAAGAGGAAGCCCCGGGUGAAGAAGGAAAACAAGAUUCUUAAAGACGAGCAGGGAAACGACAUCUCCUCCCCCCGCCUGUCAGACAACCCGUCAGAAGAGGGCGAGGUCAAGGAGGAUGGAACAGAAAAGUCCACUGUGAAGAAGAGACAGAAGAAAAAGGACAACAAAGAGAACAAAGAAAAACAGGGAACUCCCAAAAAGGAAAAAGAUGGGGACAAAGAAAAGAAGGGUGCCAAGCCCAGAAAAGAAAAGGCUAAAGGAGCCAAAGGGAAGAAGACUCAAGGUCCAGUUCAUAUUACAGCUGGAUCUGAACCAAUUCCCAUUGAAGAAAAGGAGGACGAUGAACUUGACCAGGAGACUUUCAGUAUUUGUAAGGAACGCAUGAGGCCUGUGAAAAAGGCCCUGAAGCAACUGGACAAACCAGAUGAGGGUCUAAGCGACCAGGAGCAGCUCCAGCACACACGCACAUGCCUACUGAAGAUUGGAGACCGCAUCACAGAGUGCCUUAAAGCUUACAGCGAUCCCGAACACGUCAAAAUAUGGCGAAGAAACCUCUGGAUUUUCGUGUCCAAGUUUACAGAGUUUGGUGCAAGGAAGCUACACAAGCUUUACAAAAUGGCACAGAAGAAGCGAUCGCAUGAGGAAGAGAAGGAGCAGAAGAAGAAGGAGGACGUUUCAGGGAGAGUAAAGUCAUUCAGGCCAGAGCCGUCUGGUUCCAGUCGAGACUCCACGGGGACUCAGCCGUCCUCCAGAACUGCAUCGCACUCCACUCAGCCAGGACCCCACGGACACCACAGAGAACCGUACAACGCUAACAAGCGGCACUUUAGCAACGACGAUCGAGGAGACUGGCAGAGGGACCGUAAAUACAGCUACCCAGGUAACAGCAACUCAUCGUGGCAGGGAGAUCGGCAUCAUCCCUAUGACCCUCAUCGCUAUAAGGACCACUACGGUGAUCGACGGCCGCACGGAGACCCCUAUCGCAGCUCGGGCGGUUACCGCAACAACUCCUCUCCUCGAAAAAGACCAUACGAGCAGUACAGCAACGACCGGGACCACAGGGGUCACCGACCCUACUAUGACAGGCAUCCAGACCCUAAAAGAAGACGUCCUGAUGACUUCCGCUCUAACUACCACCAGGGAAGAGACGGUCCUCUUCAGGAUUUCAGGAGGAUGCCGGACCACAGACCUGCAGGUCCUUCAGGGCCAGAUCAUUACAACAGGCCGUUCCACCCUGAAAAACCUCCUCCACUUCUAGACCCUCGUUCCCCGCAGGCUCAGAAGUCGCCACAGGACUCCCGCUCUCCACUGGAGAGGCCUGGAGAGCUGAAUGCCAUGGCAGAUCCGAACUGGAACAACAGGAAAACUUAAGUCUGCCCAGACAGGCUGAAAAAACUCAUUUAAGUGUUUAGUCCAGGGUCAAAGCCACAUGCUGCUGCUGAUGGACAAGUCUGGACUGGCCAAAACAUAAGCUCACAGUUGAAAAGGGAAUCAACACGUACCCUCGUUACCAGCAAAACCAAACUAUUUUUUGCUCUUCCCCGCCCCCGACAGUGACUGUGGCUCUGAAUUUGUGCCGUGAAGGAAGAACUUUGUUUUCUGUCGUAAAGAUGGAAAAACAAAGAACCUAAAACAUGCAACUUUAUUUAAACGAACUCAUCAGUUAAUCACGGUAAGACUGAGUGGCGCGCUCAUGGAUGCUUAGUCCCAUGGACUAUUAUUAUAUAAAGAAAAUUUAGGAUACAAGAACUAAAGCCUGAUCUCCAUCCUAAAAGUGCCUGAAGGUGUUUUGGCCUUUUUGAAUGGUAAAUGUAUGGGAUAAUUCCCAAAGGAACCAUGACAUGAACUUUUAUUUUUGCGUUUAGCUUUAAGUGCAAAUGAUGUCAUAAGAAGGUUUCCGUACGAUAGAAUGUGUACCGUGUUCUCACCUGCACCUUCAAAAUGUUUUGUGUCGAACAUGUAGCCGAACCGAACCAUGGGAGUUUCACCAUGCGGGUUAAAAUGAGAUCUGUUGACACUUAAACGACGAAACAAGCCAAGUUGUUUCUUCUACAAGCGCAGCAAUGGUUUUUAACAAAGUCACACUUCUCACGUGUUUAAAAAGGAAAAAAAUCAUUGUGUAGUAGUAUAAAUCAUUGAAAUCCUCCUGCUCUGUUGACUUUAACCACUUUACUGUUAGUAAGCCCGAUGAAUUGAAAGCUUUGGAAGCAGUAUUUAUUGCAACAACUUGUACGAAAGUUUAUAACACUACAACUUCAAUCGAUCCCUGAUUAUCAGUAUUACGAUGGUUAAAUACUCAGUUAUUUCUUGGGGGGGGAUUUAAGCGACAUAAGCUUCUUCUUCUUUUUUUUCUCCUCUCUGUACUUAAUCGUUUGGCAAUAUUUUUGUUCUUGAAUUAUAAUCAGGAAGUUGCUGUUGAAAUUUCCUUCUGUUUAUUGUCUUUAGUCACUUUUCCUGUGCCAAAUCUGACCCUGCUCCACCCCCAUUUUUCUUUUUUGUUUUUUUUCCCCUUUUUCUUUGCUUCUCCGUUUGUGCCUUAUUUAUGUCUGUAUUAUCAAACUGUAUAUCAGCUCAUGAACAAUACGGAGGUCUCACGCAGGCACAUUUUUAAGUACAAAAUUGUAAUUCUUUGCAAACUGGUGAAGGGACCCACUCUGGUAAUUUGUGUGCUUUUUCCAAAAGAGUUAAUGAUUUGAGAAAUAUUUAAACAAGUAUAUAAAGGAAAAUCAAGCGUCUUCUGUCCAGGGGUACUUAACCGAUUUGUUACAGUGAGCAGCCAGCCCAUGUUUUCUUCCACAUCAAGCAAGCUAUAGUUCCUGUAUCAUAUGUUCUUUAAGAAAGUCUAAAUAAUUUAUAUUUGUGACAAAAAAAACCACUCUUAGUGAGAAAUGUGUUGUACAUAUGUUUGGACAUAUGUAAUAAACUUUGUUACACAAUGA